CUCUGAUCGAUAUUUUCCACUUCUCAUUCGCCGUCCGUUUUACGAUUUUUUCCUGUCGAAACCCUAAUUUCGUAAGCUAAGGCAACGGAGACGAAGAAGAUCAUGAAAGGGAUUACGAGACUUCUCAAUUCUCUUUCGCGACAUACAGUUUCCGUAACUUGUUCUCCUUCUACUUCUCUUCUGGUAUCACGUCGCUCUCUGUUUAUCUCGGCGGCGACACACUUGCCGGCGAAUUUAUGGGAUUCCAGAACGACUAAUGCUUCUCGCAACUCUGCGAGAUCUUCUUCAUUUCCCCUGAAUUGGAUCGUGCAAAGGAGGACAAUGUUUAUCGAAACACAAUCAACACCAAACCCUUCUUCUCUAAUGUUUAAUCCUGGUAAACCAGUUAUGGAUAUUGGAAGUGCUGAUUUCCCUAAUUCUCGUUCUGCUAUGGGUUCACCUUUAGCUAAAGCCAUCUUCGCCAUUGAUGGUGUUGUUCGAGUUUUCUUUGGGUCAGAUUUUGUUACUGUAACAAAGUCAGAUGAUGUAACAUGGGAUAUUCUCAAGCCUGAUAUCUUUGCAGUGGUAAUGGACUUUUACUCUUCUGGUCAGCCUUUGUUUCUCGACUCACAAGCUACAGCUGCCAAGGAUACCGCCAUUCACGAGGAUGAUUCUGAAACUGUAGCAAUGAUUAAGGAACUCUUGGAGACGCGUAUCCGACCAUCAGUUCAAGAUGAUGGAGGGGACAUCGAGUAUUGUGGAUUCGAUACGGAAACUGGUAUAGUUAAGCUUAGAAUGCAAGGAGCUUGUAGCGGUUGUCCAAGUUCAUCUGUUACUUUGAAAUCAGGAAUUGAGAAUAUGCUUAUGCAUUAUGUAUCCGAGGUCAAAGGCGUUGAGCAAGAAUUUGAUGGUGAAGAGGAGGGAACAUCGUCUGGCCCAAUGGAGUAGAGUAGCAGAAAUGCAUCAGAACAAAACUUGAGAUUUGUUGUUGCUCUUCAAUAUACAGAAGAAGAAUAAACCAGAGGUACAUUAGUUUUGUCUUCUCAUGAACCUGGCAGCCUCAGAAAACUAUAGACUACUGAGAUAUCAUGGGGUCGCUCUGAUAUAACCCAACAAUUGAUUUGUUCUAAUGGAUUAUACGGCUCUUAUUGUGCGUUUAUUUGUAGUCGAAAGGGUAAAGAUUGGUUGCCCAAGCUUAAGUUGAAGUUUUUACUGAUUUGAAGUUAUUUAAGGUUUGUGAUCGCAUCAGUGGAUGAUUUAACUACAUUAACAAAGGUUUUUUUUAUAGA